CAAAGACUAAUUCUUCUUUCUUUUUUGGUUCAAUCUGAGUUGUUAAUUUUUCCGGGAAGAUGUCGACGGGGCUUGGGAGAUGCAGUAAAAUCCGCCACAUUGUGAGGCUUCGACAAAUGCUGCGGCGGUGGAGGAACAAGUCCCGCAUGUCUGCCAGCCGAAUCCCGUCGGAUGUUCCGGCGGGACACGUUGCGGUUUGCGUUGGGGCCAGUUGCAGAAGAUUCGUGGUGCGCGCCACGUACCUGAAUCAUCCCGUCUUUGAGAAACUCCUUAUCCAAGCAGAGGAAGAGUACGGCUUCAGUAACCAAGGCCCGUUGUCGAUUCCCUGCGACGAGUCCGUUUUCGAAGAAGUGAUCCGGUUUAUAUCUCGCUCUGAGUCAGGUCGCGCCGGUAAGCACGUGAACAUGGAAGACUUUAAAGGUAAAUAUCACAUGGGAAGGACUAAGUUGGAUUUGUGGACAGAAUCUCGACCGUUACUUGACGGGUUUAAAGAAAUAGUCGGAAGAGAAAGGCGAUGGUUUUAAUUCUUACGCGAGACUUUUGACUCGGCUUCUGGAGUGAACAAUUAACUAUACGGUACUGAAACCAGUGAGUUGGCUGAGUUUUCUACUUUUUCAAAAUUGCUUGUAAUGAGUUAAAAUGGGUUUAGGCGUUGGGGAUGUUAGGUAAUGUAAAAUAGCUUGGAAAACGGUGGAGAUGGCAGAAAAGGCGGGUGAAUUAUCCGCCGAGUCGUCCCGGUUCAAGUAGUUAUGGAGGCAAAAGAAAAACUUUAUGCCAGCUGAAUCCAUGAAGAAGAAUGAAAGAAUAAUGGUAACACGAAGA